CAAGCUUUCGACCACUGCCUCCACCACCGCAUCGUGCAUCACAGGCAGCUGUGUUGUAAAGGCAAUGUCGACGCAAAAUGCGCCUGCGCAGGCUGCGCCAGCGAACGCCGGGGCUGCCGGAGGGGAAGAGGAGUCCCCGUUCAAGAAGUUCUUUGCCAUUGCACAGCAAAUGCUGCUGAUUUACGCGGUGAUGCAAGUCGCGAGCAGGUUUUUCGGCGGUAACAAGACUCAGCAACAGCAGCAGCCGCAAGGCGCGAACGUAGCCAACGCGCCGCAGGCCAAUGUCCCCGGGCCAGAGGGCGCAGUGAGUGGUAUCCCGACGCACGCCGUCCCAGGAUGGCCGCUCGGACUGCCACUGGCUGUGCACGUCCAUCUCUCAACCUCGCCGACGGGUGACGUCUUUUCGAACAAAUGGACGUCAGGGCACAGGAAGGACAGAGACGCCGACCUGCCGAGCUUGGUCUGGAACAAUGUCACGUUGGGAGACUGGAACGAGAAGCGAGUCGCAGAGUUCAACGUGAGCCUUCCUGAGACCGUGCAAAACAAUGGAUCACUCUGGGCGGACGUUUUUCUUGUACGCGAUGGAGCCAGUCCCGACCCCUCGGACGCGAAGUUCGACCCUCGCGCUGUUCACCAUGUCCGGACGCUCCUGACCAAGUACCUACCGAAGAUCAAGGCCCGGAAGGAGAAGAAUCUGUUGAGCGGCUCUGCUGACGAUACUACGGAGAUCGAGGAGGAAAGCGAAACCAUUGUCUCUCACUGGCACCCCACCCUUACGCUCGCACUUGUCUCGGACAACCCUAUCAUCCAGUUGAGCCAGAUCCAGCCUGCUGCGGCGCGAUACAUUCAUAUCAGGCAAGAGCGCGAUGAUGCUGGACGACCCUACUACGACCCUAUCAUCUUCCCCAAUGAGUUCUGGCACCUCCGCUCACAAUACGUCGAGAUCAACUCGACGACCCCGACGCUCCCGCUGCAGAUCGAGUUUCAGCCCAUGUCGAUGUGGAAGUUCACCAUCUUUGCCGCGCUUACCCAGAGCUUCGCAGAGGCCGCAAAACAGCAGGGGUCGACGUCUAUGGCGGAGCUGGAUGAGGUCAAGCGGAUGCUCGUGGAGACGAACCCGUAUUUCUUGGGAUUGACUGCGCUUGUGAGCGUGCUGCAUGUCGUGUUCGAGUUCCUUGCUUUCAGCUCGGACGUAUCGCAUUGGAGACAGAAGCAGGAGCUUGUCGGUGUCUCCGUUAGGUGGAUUGUUACGAAUGUCGUCGUGCAGCUAAUCAUCCUGCUCUACCUCAUCGACAAUAACGAGCAAACGAGUUGGAUGAUCCUCAUGGGCUCUGGUAUUGGUGUUCUCAUUGAAGCAUGGAAGAUCACUAAGGCGGUCGAUAUCAGUAUUGGUCCUUCCCCGCCAGGAUCCCGGUUGCCCUAUCAGCUCAUUAUCAAAGACAAACAUGUGUUGAGCGAAGAUGAGAAGAAGACUCAGGAGUACGACAAGCUCGCGUUCCGUAUCGUGUCUUACUUCACGAUACCGUGUCUUGCCGCAUAUACGGUGUACUCCCUGCUUUACGAGACACAUAGGGGGUGGUAUUCCUUCGUCAUCUCGACGUUGACGUCAUUCGUCUACAUGUUCGGCUUCGCUCAGCUCAUCCCGCAGCUGAUCAUCAACUACAAGCUGAAGAGCGUAGCGCACAUGCCUAUGAAGGCAAUGGUGUACAAGACACUCUCUACAGUGGUAGACGAUCUAUUCGCCUUCUGCAUCAAGAUGCCGUUUCUUCAUCGUCUGGCGUGUUUCCGCGACGAUGUUGUAUUUCUGGUUUUCCUUUACCAGCGGUGGAUUUACCGUAUUGACCCCAACCGGGUCAACGAAUACGGACAGGUGCUGGAGAAUGAUGUGGUGGCUGCCGUAGAAGGCAAGGGGAAGGAGGUCAAGAAGAAGGAUGUCAAGGAAUCGAAGAAGAACCGAUGACGCAUCGGCUGAGGAGACGCCGUCUGGGGAAGUCUGGGGUCGAGGGCGAGCGUGGCUGCUAUCGCGGCCGGAGCACGUUGCAAUCAGCGGUGUUUUGAGAGAUUCGGUCGCGGAUUAGGCAUGCGCGAGCUUGAGUUACGGAGAGUGAUGAUAGAUUGGAUAGAGCGCUCGGGGGAAUGCACACUUUGUUACCGC